UUCAGCUCUGUAGGUCUAUACAAUGCAAGUAAAUGGGUACUAAAACUUUGAAGCUCCAAAAGCAAAUAAAGCAUGAUUAAAUUACAGUGGUUAAAUCCAUGUAUUUACAAGUGUGGGUGAGAAACAGAUCAAUAUUUAAGUCCUUUUUUUUACUGUGAAUCUCCAUUUUCACUUUCACAUUUUUUUUUAUUUUUUAUUUUUUUUUUUGGCGAUUCACAUUAUUCGUAAUAGGGUAAUAUAACACAAAGCAUUAUGUAUAAAUUUACACUCAAUAUUUAAAAAAAAAAAAAAACUAUAAUAUAAAAAAACUGUGCGUCUGAGCGUCAUCACAGUCUGUGAAAAAGGUCUAUUAAGAUGUGCUGUUGCCUCAGAAUAAACAACUGUAUGUGUUUCCAUGAAAAAAUAAAUAAAUAAAUAAAUAAAAUAAAUUAAAAAAUAAAUAAAUUAAGAUGUGCUGUUGAAACCACGUGUUGCAGGUUCACUGACGCAAAAACUACGCGACUCCUGCUGAUCCCUUCGCCCAUGUGAAUGUCGUCACCGGUGUCUUAUAAAAACUCAUAUGACAAGGUCAUCAAAUGUUCUUGUUGGUAAUGUUGACAGUUUCGUAAGCUCAUUGCGGCGCCUCCUCAAAUCGGCAAGGUCAGAAUAGACUUCAGCUCAGUGACAGACUGUCAGGUGGCCAGGUGAGAUGUGGGUGCAAAUGCUUUGAUUGUUUUAUUGAACACCGGAAGUCCCGUCUCCAAAAUGACCACCAGGCUGCUGUGCAGAUGGGCACGACAUUUUCCUCACUGCCCUCAGGCUGCUGCAGCGUCAGCCCGACUACAGAUGCCCACAGUUCACUCCACAGGGCCAGCGUGCUCGUUGACCAUUUCUUGGAUCCAGUCUGCUUCUAGACACCUCUGUCAGAGCAGUGAACUGGCCAAGGUGGAGGAGUCCCCAAUUCCAUAUGAACGCUCAGAAAUAGUCGGACUUGUUGAAAAGGCAGCCACUCCACAGGAAGUGCUUCAGUUGUGGGCAGAGCAAGGUGGAUCUGCUGGUGAUGCAGCCAGGUGUCUGAUCCAGCUAAGUCUGAGGGUCAUGGAGAAGGGUGGAGACGGAAUUCUGCAGGACCCAUGCUGUGAAAACAUGCUGGAGACAGUAAACUCUCAGGUGUCUUCAGUAUGGAAUGGGUCUCUAGUGGCUCUCCUGCGUGCUCUCACUAUGUUGGGUCUCCCUUCUGAUGCCCCUCUGCUCCACUCUCUCCAGAAUGAAGUGCUUUGGAGGAUUCGACGCCUCACUUACCGUCACCUUGCCUACCUGGUGGACUGGGUAGCGUUUCAGCGCAGUAAAGGGCAGGAAAAUGAAGCUCUUACCAAAACCCUGCUGAAACAGCUUGAGCUGCGCUGGACUGAGCUGUGUGAUCCUCGUACCAUCACCAUUCUCAUGAGCCGUGCCUCACUCCUCUCCCCAUCUCUCAUGGACAAACUAGAGGACAAGGCCCUGGAGUUGUCUGAGAACUUCAGUGCAGAGGAUAUCAGCAGGGUGGCGUUUGCAUUGGCUGCUCAAAACAGGAGAGCCGUUCCUUUGUUGCGGGCACUCUCAUAUCACCUGAACCAGAAACCCUCCUUGGAACUAAAAACACCACUGCUGCUUGAUGUUGCAUAUGCUUAUGGUAAGCUGAAUUUUCACCAGACACAGGUACUCCAGAGAAUAGCUGCAGAGUUAUUGCCUAGGUUAUCAGAACUGAGUUCACUUGACGUCACACGCUGUGCCAAGUCUCUGGCCUUCCUCAAGUGGCUACACCUUCCUCUGUUUGAAGGCUUUGCUCAGCACUACUUGAGUAAUAGUGAAAAGUACAGCACUCUGCAAGUGUGUAAUCUCCUCAUGUCUUUCGCCAAACUCAACUUCCAUCUCAGCAAAAGGGCGGAGUUCUUCCCAAAGGUGCAUACAGCUUUGGAAAGUGCCUUUCAAAAUUUAGAGCCCUUUCUGAAAACAGAUGUGGUUUGGUCACUGUGUGUACUGAACCAGGCCAAGCCUGAUUACAUCACCUCUGUUACAAAGCCUGCCUUUCAGAAGAAACUAUCAGCAGGUGGCAGUGCCGGCCGGACCGAGAACUAUCGACAGAAAUUAUUACAUAUCUCUGCCUAUGCUCAGCUGGAGCCUCUUGGAGCCACUGUCGCUGCAUCCCCCAUUGUGCUGCUGCCAGUUCUUCAGAGCAAAGUGGAGUCCAACACUCCUCUUCAGAGCGGCCUACACACAGCCCUUCAGAACCUGACCAACAGUCGGACACAGGCCCUCCGCACUGCUGUAAAAACAGUAUACGGCUGGACUAUUGAUGGAGAGCUUGUAGUAGAUUCAGAAAAUAGGUCUAUUGAUUUAGAGAACAUAAAAGCUCCUCAUUUACCUGGAGGAGGUGGGACUGAUGCCUUACCUGCAGGGACAAGACGGAUAGCAUUUGUGGCUUUGGAGUUUCCUAACUUUUGUCUCAGGAGCAAGGAUCUUCUAGGGCGCUUUGUGAUGCAGAAACGCCACCUACAGCUGGCUGGGUUUAUAGUGGUGGAGGUGCCGUACUUUGAAUGGCUGGAGCUGAAGUCUGAUUGGCAGAAAGUGGCUUACCUAAAGGACAAGUUAGGGAAGGCAGUGGCUGAGGACAUGGCGAAGUGAGACGAUGGACCAGCGUUUCAUCAAACCUAUCAAUAUCUUUAAAUGCUUUCACACAAACAGUGGUGUGGCACAAGCUGCUAAAAUAAAUCUACAGACCCAGGCAAAACAUUACAGAUGAGGGAAGGAUAAUAAGUACUACCACACAUACUAUGCACACAUGUAUAACUAUGAAAGGAAUGUUGGUGUCCAUACGUUCCAUGGUGCAAAAAUCUGAACAUCAGAUUUGAAUAAAGGAGUGAAAUGAAACGUGUGUCUGGGAGCUGUGAUCUCUGUAUGCAGAGAGCACAGAACCUCCAGAAAUCAGCAGAUGCUUAAAAGCAACAAGUGAUUGAAGAGUGACAAAAGUGAUUUUCACCGCAGGGGAAACCAUUCCUCACAACCACAUUAAAUUAUCAUAUCUUUGCUUCUAUUGUCUAAAACAUUGUACAUUGUUGUCCUCAAAAACGACUGGACAACAUCUUUUUACUACCACUAACAAUAAAUACAUACGAAACCUGUUGUUGAUGCAGUUGCCUAGACGACAACUAGGGCUUUCCUUGUUUCCAAGGAGACAGUUGUUAAAGUUGAUCGCUCAGAAACUGAGAGUUCAGUACUUAAAAGAUGCUUUUAUUACAGAGUACCUCUCUACUUUUCCUAUUAAUUACUGUAGUAAAGGUGAAAAAUAAUGUUAAAGAGAUAGUUCUUCUAAAAAAUUUAAAUUCUGUCAUUUACCUCAUGUUGUUCCAAAGCUAUAUAACUUAUUUCUUCCGUGGAACUCUGAGGAUGUUAGGCAGAACGUUAGGGACUGACAUGCUUAGUCACCAUUCACUUGCAAUGCAUGUAAAAAAGAUUCAAUGAAAGUGAAUGGUGACUGAGGCUGUCAUUCCCUAAAAUUCUGCCUAACGUCUUUUUGUGUUUCACAUAAAAAAGUAAUUUAUUUGGUUUUGGAACAACAUAAGGGUAAGUAAAUGCUGACAGUAUUUUCAUAUUUGUGUGAUCUGUCCCUUUAAUAAUAUAUGAUUAAAAACUCUUCUUGAC